CUGCGGGCAUACUGUCUCACUGCCAAGAAGAAGAAUCAGAUCAAGCGAAAAGUUUUUUUUUGUUGCAAAACGCCUUGAAAACGCCCAGAAUGAGUGUACAAUCAAUUAGAUAGUUCUGUAAUACAAUUGACUUAUCCCACACUAAACUGCCAUCCCGAUGAGCAGGCACGUUUGCACCCGCUGGGCCUUCGAUCUGGGCGCAUGGACGCCCACGCUGCCGCAGCUGACGCAGGCGGUGGCUGCGAUACAGCCCGAGGAGCGCACCCGCCUGAUGAAGUUCCACUUCAUCGAUGACUUUCUGUCCUCGCUAAUUGGUCGGCUAUUAAUGCGUAAAUAUGUGAGCGUGUGCACGGCCACGGCCUACCAUCAAGUGCAAUUUGCGCGCGAUGUGCGCGGCAAGCCCUACUGGGUGCGAGGGCAGAGCGGGUCACUGUCGCCAAUACUCAGCUUCAAUGUCUCGCACCAGGGCCGGCUGGUGUUGCUGGCUGGUAUCACCACCAGUGCGGCGGCGGCAGCGGCGGACACUGACACCGACAACGACAAAGACAACGACAACGACACCGCGGGGAGUGAGGCGGCUGACUUUGGCAUUGGAACAGAUGUCAUGAAGAUCGAGUAUGCAGGUGGCAAGUCCCUGUCGGACUUCUUUCGACUCAUGAAGGGCAAGUUUUCGGCCCAAGAGUGGAGCUAUAUCGGCCGACCGCAGCACAAUGAACCCGCCCAACUGAAGGCAUUUAUGCGCCACUGGUGCCUGAAGGAGGCCUACGUCAAGGAGCUCGGGGUAGGCAUCACAGUGGAGCUGGAGAAGAUCAGCUUCUCUGUGGACACCACCCAUUCGCUGGUGGAGGCCGUCUCCCCGCUGAUUGGCACCACGCUGCGCUGCAACGACAGGCCGAUGGACAACUGGCACUUUGAGGAGCACCUGCUGGAGGAGAAGUACUGUGCUGCCAUCGCAUUCCGCAACUGCCUGCCCCAGAAUCACGGCAGGUUCGAGAUGCUCCGCUUCGAUGAGCUGAUUGCGAAGAGUGCAGACGCUGCCGAGCUGGACAGCAGCGUGGUGGCCUACUGCAAGGAGGCGCUGCUGAAGCCCCACAAGAGCGAUCGCUAACUGAGCUGAGCUGAGCUGAUUUGUUGUUAUCUGUAGAAUAAAUCUAGAUCUAUGUUCUGAAAUAUGUAUCCUAUAAUCUCUGCUGUUGGGCAA